AUGGUGUCCGAGCUGGUGACAGCCUUGAAACGGUCUUUUUCAGAGCACAGGAAUGGAGCAGACGCGGCGUCCAUGACCAAGUACGUGAAGGGCAAAUUUGUCUUCUACGGUCUCAAGGCGCCCUUGCGCCGACAGAUUGCUGGCGCCGUCAUUGCCUCAUGGCAAAGCGCGCACGGACAGCCGGACAUGGAGCAGGGCAUUGCGCAAAAGCUCCUGCCAGCACUCUACUCUUGCCAAGAACGUGAGCUCCACUAUGUGGGCGCAGAGGUGUGCUCUGGGCUGAUGCGGAAGGGCCUUGUUGGCCAUGAUUUCCUGGAUGUCGUGAAAUUGGGCGUCACCACUAACAGCUGGUGGGAUACCGUGGACAUCUUUGCAGCAUCGUCCAUGUCUCCAUACCUUCUGGCUUGUGGGGAUGGCUCACCCAGCACCAGGCUCCUCCAAGAGAUGGACAAGUGGGCUGUCUCAAACAAUCUCUGGCUUCGCAGAACAGCCAUCUUAUGCCAACUGAAGUUGAAAGGGCAGACGGAUCUUAAGAGGCUGGAACGCUACAUCAGCUGCAAUGCUUCUCACAAGGAUUUCUUCGUGCGCAAGGCUAUUGGCUGGGCUCUGCGUGAAUAUGCCAAGCAUGACCCCAAGUGGGUCAAGACAUUUCUAGCCAAGUACAAGAGCGAGCUGUCGGGCCUUUCUGUCCGUGAGGCAAGCCUCCAUUUGAGCUGA